GAUCGUGUUAUAAUAAACGUUAGUGGACUGCGUUUCGAAACCCAUUUGUCGACAUUGGAACGAUUCCCAAAAACCUUACUCGGCGACGAAAAGAAGCGGAAAAAAUAUUUUGACGCGUUAAACGACGAAUACUUCUUUGAUCGGAAUCGACCGAGUUUCAACGCUAUUUUGUACUAUUAUCAGAGUGGAGGUCGUCUCCACAGGCCUUCCAACGUACCAACGGAUGUCUUCACUGAAGAAGUCAGAUUCUACCAGCUGGAUAGUGCAACUCUCGAAAAAUAUUAUAAAGAUGAAGGCUAUGAGAAACCGUUACCGAAACCGCUGCCAAGAAAUCCAUUGCGGAGAAAGUUGUGGCUGAUGUUUGAGUAUCCGGAUAGCUCGCUUGAAGCACGCUUUGUAGCACUGCUCUCAGUCACGGUAAUUAUGUUGUCCAUCAUCAUAUUCUGCCUUGAAACCUUGCCCUAUUUCAGACCUCACAAAUUUUCUGAUAAUGACGAAACUGAGAAUGCAACUGGUAAUGUAACAAAACCAACCGCGGAAGAUGACAUGCCAAAGUUCACAGAUAAAUUUUUCAUGAUCGAAUCAGUCUGCAUCAUUUACUUCAUAUUUGAGUUGGUGUGUCGCUUCAUCUGUUGUCCUAAUGUUAUGGAUUUCAUAACAGAUUUUAUGAACGUAAUUGAUUUGAUCGCCAUCAUUCCCUACUUGAUAACCUUGGUCACGAUGCUCGCCAAAUCGAGCUCCAGUUUUGGAAACCAGGCAAUGUCGUUUGCCGUCGUGAGAGUUAUUCGGCUCGUCAGGGUUUUUAGAAUAUUCAAACUCUCCCGGUACUCAAAAGGUCUCCAGAUACUUGGUCAAACUAUAAGAUCUAGUUCAAAGGAGUUAGGCAUGUUAAUAUUUUUUCUGCUGAUAUGUGUGGUCAUCUUUUCAAGCGCUGUAUAUUUCGCUGAGAUGGACAUCGUCAACACAGACUUUCGAAGCAUUCCCGAGGCCUUCUGGUGGGCCCUGGUUACCAUGACAACAGUUGGUUACGGAGACAUGUACCCACGGGUUCUCCUUGAUACGUCUGGUAAACUAAUUGGAUCCAUGUGUGCUGUCGUAGGUGUUCUCAUCAACGCCCUUCCUGCACCUCUCAUCAUUCCAAAUUUUAAUUAUUUUCGCAACUCGCAAACUCAACGGAAAAACAAA